AUGGGCCAACUGGACUCCGCAGGCCCCCUGUACAGCAGAAUUCAACGUCUGCCUACCGCCACUAGCGCAGGCCGUUACCGCCCCUUCCGCGCCCCCUCCCAAUCCCUGCUCGAGAUAACUGUGCGCCGGAGAACACUGCGCAGGCGCGCUACAGAGCGCCCCACCCCAAUCAUCAGCAGUAGCGCAGAAGGCGGCUUGGAGCUGAGAGGAAAUGGCGGGAAGGUCGGAGCCAUCGAAUAUGGAGGCUGGGAGGCCGAGUCCUCCAAGAAAAUUGAAGACUUGCUGGAAAUGGUGAAAAAGCUGCAGAAAGCAGGAAGCCUGGAACCUCGGGUUGAGGUCCUGAUUAACCGUAUUAAUGAAGUUCAAGAAGCCAAAAAGAAAGCCAGUGAGGAGCUGGGAGAGGCCCGGACCCUCUGGGAGACUCUGCAGAAGGAACUGGACUCCAUAAACAAGGAGAAGGUGCACCUGAAGGAGUUCUUGAACGAAAGGAAAGAGGCACUGAACGCCCUGCAUCUGCACUACCAGGAGACAGACAGUGAGGCACAGAGGAAGCACACCAGGUUACAGGAGUGCCAGGACCGAAUUUCUGCCCUGAACUCCCAGAUUGAAGAAGAGAAAAACAAACAGAGGGAGCUGAGGUUGGAUUUUGAACAACAGCUGGAGGAUCUGAUGGACCAGCACAAGGACCUCUGGGAGUUCCAUCGCCAGCAGCAGCUGCAGGAGAAGUGCCAGCAGCUGCAGGAGAAGUGCCAGAGACUGAAGGAGGAACUGGAAAAGCGUGGAGUAGCGGUUCUGGCCCAAGCCCACAAGGUCCGGGAGGAAGGGGCCAUCCCUGGAGAGGUGGAGAACCAGGGAUUAGGGAGGUGGGAGGAGGUUCGAAAGCAGGGAGGGGGCUGA